CCGCAGCAGCAACUCCCGGGCGCAGGCUUCGGCCUAGCUCAGCCAGGCCCUCAGGCCUUCAGCGGGGGUUUCGGGGGCCAGGCCUUCAACCCCGGGGUAGGCCCCACCUUCAGCCCCCCGCCCCCCCAGGCAGCUGCUGGCUUCACCCCGGCAGGGCCCGGGCCUCCUCCUCCCGGCGCCCCCGGGCCUCGUGGCUUCAUCCACUUCCCCGGGGCCUCCCGCCCUGGAUUCGCCAAGGCCCCCGGCCAGGCCGCCUCCUCUUCCCCGUUCGCCGACAGGAGCUUCCCCCCUCCUCCUCCUCAGCAGCAGCCCCCGCCCGAGGACGGGCCUAAAGGCUUCAGCCGGGCCUACGAUCAGGGCGGGGAGAGGGGCCCGGCCUCAUCCACCUCCACGUCCGCCGCCACCACCACCUCUUCCCCACCGGCUCCCCCGGCGACCGUCAACGGGGCCCAGCCCUCGGCCUUCGAGCGGAGCGCCCCCCCGGGGCCGGGCAGCGAGCCCGGGGGCGCCCGCUGCUUCAAGGCCUCCGGCUCUCGCGGCCCGGCGUCGUCCUCCGAGCCGGUCUACCCGUGCGGCUUCUGCCUGGGCGAGGUGCACGACGACCAGGACGCCAUCUUGUGCGAGGCCUCCUGCCAGAAGUGGUUCCACCGCGAGUGCACGGGGAUGACGGAGACAGCCUACGGCCUGCUGACCCGCGAGACCUCCGCCGUCUGGGCCUGUGACUUCUGCCUGAAGACGAAGGAGAUCCAGUCAGUGUACCUGAGGGAGAACCUGGGCCAGGUGACAGCAGCAGCAGCUACAGCAGCGGAGGGCUGACCGGGCUCCCUGACCUCCCCCCCCCCAUCACCACCACCACCGUGGGAGCAAGGGCCCUCCAAGAAACCUUACUUCUCUUUUUUCUCUCUCUCUCUUUUUUUCUCUCUGUGUCUCUCUCUCUCU